AUUAUUUCUUGUUUCCAUAUUUCAGCCAACCAAAUGCAAGCACAACGAGAAGCUCAAAAUUUUUUGUUUAUAUUAAAAAAGUUUGUUUUUUGUUUUUGUCGCAAUCAAUCGCAACAAAUUUUCAUCUUUGCAACUUUCCACCUUUGCUUCUACUUUUAACCUUUGCUUUUUCUUUCUCAAUUCGCACUAUUUCGUUCGAUUUGCUCUUUUCCUCAAUUUUCCAUUACUUUUAGCAUACCUCAGUGCUUAUCACACACACACACACACUCUCUCUCUCUCUCCCCCUCUCCCCUCUCUUUCUAUUUCCCUUUCCUUUUCUCUCAAUGAUGUCUGAGCUAGCUCCUCCGAAUAAGACCCCGCCGAAUCAAAUAGGCAACAGCAAGACAGGCGGCACUAUCCAAACGCCCUCGAAAAAUCAAAAAAAGGAGGAACUGCCACCUGGGGAAUCGGAGCCCCCCGAAGUACGCGAUAGGCGCCGUCAGCGGCUGCUGAAAUGUCUCGGCGAUAACAUAAAACACAACUAUCUGUUCAAUGCCUUUGUUGAAUCGCUGGGUGUGAAGGAGCGGUAUGAACGCUUCAUCAAGGAUUGGCCUGAUCUCUUCCUCAGCAUAGCCAGGGGGUCGCCAGUGGCUGAUAGCAAAGGCAUCGUAGCCAAUACAGAUCGCCCUGUUGAAGAGUUCGGCGAUUUCCCCAUUGCUGAUGUGUUCAAAAGCAACUCGGGGAAAUUGAUCGGGUUGGCUAAGGAAGCUCGCUUGGUCAAAUAUUUUAUCCUCCUCUUCAACGCGAUGGGCAAUGCAGUUCGUGUCGCAAAUAAAGAUAUUCCAGCAGGCGGAACUCCAAUCCCAGACUGCAGGGUUAGUCUGAAGGACCAUCAGAGUGAUGCUAUACUAGGCACUCCGCACAAGCCAGAUAUCGCGUUUUAUCACAACUACAAGAGACGUGACAUUCAUUCCGUCCAUGCUAUACUCGAGGCCAAGAUGGAUCCAAACCCCAUUAGAACCCCAGAGGAUACUCGUGGCCAGCUCGCAGAUUAUGGACAUUUACUUAAUGAUCAGCAGGCAACCCGCACGUUUGCGCCUGUCUUCUACCUCCAUGGGCACAUCCUGACGCUUCACGCAUAUUAUCGUGACAAACUGUACAUCGUCGAGCUCGGCGAGCUAUGCUUUGAUACGAAUUAUUGGACGUCUGAUGGAGCUAAAAGAAUUCAGUCAUGCCUCAUGCAGUUCUGGUUCCUGCUGACUCUUGAGUCGGACAUUUUCGGGCAUUUCUGCGAUGUCUCAGAGGAAUCUGACUCUUUCUUUUUUUCGCAGGAAGUCGAUGUGGAGAGCAAGGGCGAUUCGAAGAUCGAAGUCUUAUACUCGGUUUCCCAAGAUGUCAAGAAUGUCAAGGAUGUCAAGGAUGGCGCUGCUCUAUUUUGUAUCAAGGAGACAAUAGCGCGUUAUUCAUACAUGGUUGGGCGCCAUGUCCAUUUAUUCAGGGGGAAAUUCAAUGGGAAGCAUGAUGCUGUGCUGAAGCUUUCCUGGACCCCAGUCAAUCGUUUGCCCGAGGGUGCCGCAUACGCCAUCCUCAACAAGAGACCAGUCGAAUGUAUCCCCAAGAUCUUUUCGAAGGGCCUGCUCAUCAGCAACCUCAAUGGAUACCGGCUGGAGUUUGUGCUCAUGGAGUACUGCGGCCAGUCAAUGGCCGAGUACCUGAAAGUCAAGACCAAAAAGGAGAUACGCAAGCUAGUUCCUAGCUUUGUCAAGCAGCUGACCCUGUGCCUUGCCCAGGCAAAUGACACUGGUGUCCUGCACAGGGAUAUCUCAGCAGGGAAUGUGUGCAUCAAAAACGACAAGGUGUAUGUCAUUGACUGGGGCUGUGCCAAGGUCAUUGGCUGGGGGACUACUAAGGAUGCUGCCAGGGAUGCUCCUAGGGAUGCUGCUGAGGACACUGAUGAGGACACUGAUGAGGACACUGAUGCGGAGACUGAUGAGGAUGCCGCUGAGGAUGCUGUUGAGGAUCCCACUGAGGACACUGGCCCAACCCAACUUAAACAUAUUGAGGUUGCCGAGCAGUGGGGGUUCAAUGCGACAACAGUGGGACAGGUGGAGGUGGCCAAAGACCCAUUUACAGGGACGCCGCUUUUCAUGGGAAUUCCCAUGCUCAGCAGCAGCCCCAUCCGGGGAAUCCUUGACGACAUGGAGAGUGUUUUCUAUGUCGUUAUGGACGCAGUGCGCCCAGCUGACACUAAGAGGGAUGAUGUUCAGGGGUUCAAGUUCCUGGACAGCCAAAGCCUGGCUUUGAGUCGGUACAGCAUCAUGAUGGUUGAGGAAAAGUAUCUGGAAUUGUUUGGGAUAGGAAAUCCAGGGAAGAUAUUCAGGAACCUAUUCCACUCAAUGCGCCGGUUCUUAUUUGAACCGGGAAACCAGUACAUUAGCCACCAGCUCUGGUGGGACAGUACAUUUAAACGACAGGCUAACUGGGAUGCUGCUCCCAGGUUUAUGCAUCCCAAGGCGGUUGAGCUCCUCAAAGAGGAUAGUGGCCAGUUUAAGCGACCAGCUGAGGACGAGAUCAACGCUGGGUCAUUCAAGAAGCUAGCACUUUAGGUUUUUUUGUUUUUAAUAAAUCUUUUUACGACCCCAAAAA